UUGAUUAAGAUUAGAGUCUUUAAGAAAAGUAGCCCUAAUGGAAAAGUAACGACCUACUUAUGCAAGCGCGAUUUCAUUGAUCAUAUUACACAUGUUGAUCCAAUAGAGGGUGUUGUACUUAUCGAUCCAGAAUACCUAAAAGACAGAAAAGUUUUUGCCCAUGUACUGGCUGCAUUCAGAUAUGGACGUGAAGAUCUUGACGUUUUGGGCCUAACAUUUCGCAAGGAAUUGUACCUUUCUUCGGUUCAAGUCCAUCCUCCAGUAUAUACACCUGGAGAUAAAGAUAGUCGCGUACUUCUUAAUCCCGUGCCAUCUACCACUGUUUCUGCAAGUGAUUUUAGUGAAAAAAAGAGUAGCAAUGAGCAUGCAAGCGAGAGUGCAUGCAGCUCUCUGCCUGUAGAUUCUAUAAUAAAAUCAGAUAACCAACCUUUAACCAAGCUCCAGGAAAGAUUGCUUCGGAAAUUAGGUCCUUACGCCUAUCCAUUCUAUUUUAAGGUAAAUACUAGAACAAUGCAUUAUCAUUUGUUUUGGCUAUAG